UACAGUUCACACUACCUGGACAGUCUCGGGUGGACAUUGGUCACUCUGUUGGACAGUGCCGUACGGAACAAACGAAAGCUCGAUACAGACGGAGGGAAAUCGGCAGGACCGGUCUACCACGUCAAAGAUAUAACAUGAGCAUGAACAGACUUCGAAUCCAAAUGACUUCAAAGUGCCGCAGAAGCAAGAAUGUAGUGAUAUUUUUAGUGUGUUUGGCUACCCUCUACGGCAUCCUCGCCCCCAGCGCACCAACAAACUCCCAUGCAGCUACGCAGUCAAAUUAUGCAGACAGAGUUCCAUCAUUGAACUUAAACAGCAGACCCCUAUUUGUCCUAGGAAUGUUGACACCACAUACGCAUACCGACUACAGAGAUACGCAACGAUCGACAUGGCUAUCCACUAUACAACAGUUAAAACCAGAGCUUCCUUUUGAAAUAGAAUACAAGUUUCUUAUAGAUCGACCUACACAUGAUACAGUAUUGGAAAACAAAAAGUACAACGAUAUUGUUUUUCUUAAUGCAACUAGCGAAGGCAGGGGCGUAAAAUUUGGAGAGAAGCUGUAUUUGUGGUUUAAAUACAUUCAUGAACAUUUUCCGGAUGCCUUACUUGGGGCAAAAGUAGAUGAUGACACGUUUCUUUGUGUUCCGCAGAUUUUUAAGAGACUCGAUGAACUCAAAUCAACGACGUUGUAUUAUGGGUGGACACAUGGUAAAGGAAAAAGAGUCACUAUGGAUACACGUAUGGAUGAAAUGUUUGUAGUUCUCGGUAAAGAUUUGGUAGAAAGAAUCGCCAAGCGUAAAUAUUGUACCGGAAAGAAAUGCGAUGCUAAAACAGAUUUAAUAGAUACCAACUUUGGCGGGACAUCGUUAGGAUCUUGGCUGUCAAUAUACGAUGACAUCGACUUCCAACCUGAUAACAAAAGGAUUGUUCAUAUGGGUCGUGGCCAGGAAGCAGCGUUACUGCAAAAUAUAAAGCCGGGCUUCUGUUCGAAAUAUGUCCUUAACCAUAAAUCGUCUGUAGAUGCCAUGAAAAAACUGCAUGGACAUAACAAACAUGUACUGUCUUCAUCCGGUGGAUUUGUUGGUGCUGUGACAGGAUCAUUGUUUUCGGGUGAUGUUGUACGGGCACUACCACAACAGUCACUAACAAAUAGACACACGUAUUUGGCAGCCUUAGACAAGAUGUCAGCGUACGAUAAUUGGGCUGUUGUUACGACGAUCUUCUCUCCUGCUAAAGCUGUGAAAGAAAUAGCCUCACAGUCAAAUUGGUGCUUAGUAAUAGUGGCUGACGCGAAAACACCACCAGAGGAUAAAUACCUUUCUGAAAUGGGAAUAAAUGAGACUUCUUCAAACAGAGUCAAAUAUCUUUCAGUGAAAGAACAAAGCAUACUUUAUCCUUUAUUAUCGGACAUUAUACCAAUCAACCACUUUGGAAGAAAAAAUAUAGGAUAUAUGUAUGCUAUACAUCACAAAGCUAAAUAUAUUUGGGAUUUCGAUGAUGAUAAUAUUGGAACAGUUGAUUUAAAUGAUUUCAAAACUGAUGCUUCUUUUUCUUAUGUCACAGUUUGCAAAGGUACACAGCAUGUUCUUCUGAACCCUUAUCCCUAUUUCGGAGUGAAAGAAACCUAUACCUGGCCGAGAGGGUUUCCACUGGAAGAUAUUAAAAACAAAAAGACACUACCUAAACUGUGUAACUCACGUGAUUCCUUUAGUCUUGGCAUAGUACAAUCAUUAGCAAAUCAGCAACCUGACAUCGAUGCUGUUUAUAGAAUGACACGCGAUGCUCCUUUUGACUUUCUUGCGACACGAAAAUCGCACACGCCAUUCGUUUUGCCCAGAAAUACGUAUGCACCAUUCAAUGCUCAGGCAACGCUCUGGUUAGCACCCGCAUUUCCUUAUAUGGCAUUACCUAUCAGUGUAAAUGGACGUGUUAGCGAUAUUUGGAGAGGUUACGUAGCACAACAUUUUCUUCACAGAAAGGAUGUUCGAUUAGCAUUUUCGCCUCCUUAUGUGACUCAAGAAAGAAACGCUCAUAACAGUUUGAGAGAUUUCAAUGCAGAGUUAGAUUUGUACCAGAAAAGUAAACAAUUAGUCGGGUUUCUUUCGUCAACACAAGCUGAUUAUCCAGCAGACAUUUCAGAAAUGUACAAAAGUUUGUAUACGAGAAAAUAUUUAGAACAACUCGAUAUUCAAUUCGCUGAGGCAUGGACAAUGACAUUAGCAAGCAUAAACCAAUAGAUUAACACUAUAUAUACUAGAUGAACAAACGGUACUUUCGGACAUUAAUUCUUGUUCAUAUGUAUGAUCAUUUAUAAUUACAAAUAACUCAACAUAAAUCUAACCGACGUUAUUACUAGAUUAUAUCGCUCUUGUGUGAUAUUAAACUCUCAACAUGUUGAUGUUGUCAUUGUGUAUAUGUCAUGAUGAUGAUGUUUGUCAUUGUGUAU